CUCUGGCCACAGUUCAACCCCAAUCGGCAAAUGGUGGGGGUGUCUGCCCAGCUUCCACCUCUAUGAAAAGAAACAGCCACCUCCAACCAUUAGCCCUCAAGCAUCGCUGAUAGGACCCAAGCAGGAUCUUCCUGUCCUUCCCUGGCUGCAGAUGGGCUCUCGAAUGCAGAUGGCUACCCUCCCCUGCCUUGCUCUGAUCCUGCUUCUCUGGAGCCAGGUGCCAGGGGUGCAGGGCCAAGAAUUCCGAUUUGGGCCCUGCCGAGUGGAGGGGGUAGUCCUCCAGGACCUGUGGGAGGCCUUCUGGACCGUGAAGGACACUGUGCAAGCUCAGGAUAACAUCAUAAGUGUCCGGUUGCUGCGGCGGGAGGUUCUGCAGAACGUCUCGGAUGCUGAGAGCUGUUACCUCAUCCGUGCCCUGCUGAAGUUCUACUUGAAUACCGUUUUCAAAAACUACCACAGUAAAACAGUUGAAGUCAGGAUGCUGAAGUCACUCUCUACUCUGGCCAACAACUUUAUGGUCAUCGUGUCAAAACUGCAACCCAGUCAGGAAAAUGAGAUGUUUUCCACCAGUGAGAAUGCGCACAGGCGGUUUCUGCUGUUUCAGGGAGCAUUUAAACAGCUGGACAUAGAAGCAGCUCUGACCAAAGCCUUUGGGGAAGUGGACAUUCUCUUGACCUGGAUGGAGAAAUUCUACCAGCUCUGAAUGCCUAGACCAGGAUAACCUCCUCAUUCAUUUCUGUAUCAUUUAGAACAGGUGUCCCUUCCUCUGCUGUUGUCUGGGCAUUUCAUACCCUUGGCCCUAGGUUCCAUUCUUGGACCAGGCGUGUCUUCAAAGAUGUCAUUCUUUCAAUAGACCCAACGACAGUCAUGGAAGACUCCUCUGGAUGCUGUGAAUGAUCUACAAAGUGGAUUCCUGUAUUUAUUACAACUCUAUUUAAUUACUGUCAGUGUUUCAACUGACGUUAUAUUUAUUUGUGAGACUCUAAGUUCCAUGAAGGCAUCAGAACACAGUGCCCUGUGCUUUUCUUGUGUCCCCCAUGGUCCUUGCCACAGUGUGGGGCAGUGGAUGGGGGCUCAGUGAACAUU